AAAUAGAAUUUCCCAAUUUUCUCACCUUGGAAGCACCCUCAACUUGACACUCAAAAAUUCUACAGUCCAAAUAGAAUUUCCCAAUUUUCUCACCUAGGAAGCACCCUCAACUUGACACUUGAAAAUUCUAUGAAGCACCCUCAACUUUACACUUGAAAAGCCACUUGGUGCGCUCUCUCUCUCUCUCUCUUGCCAUCUUGAUCUUGAUCUUGAUCUUGAUCGUCAACAUGUUCUCAAAAAUCAAAAUCCCAGAAUUCGGAUUUUGAUAAUUGCACUGAAGAACCAAGGGCAUGAGGGCAACCAGGGACACCCAGCUGAGAGAAAGCAGCAAGCAGUGCAAGCUUUUACAAAAGGACAAACUUUCUCACUUGUUAAGGGCUUCUGCCAAUGAAAAGAAGGAACACAUGAAUGGGUUGCCAGAAAUUAAGUGGAGUCAAGUGGCACAUCUUCCUUAUGACUUGAUUUUCAAGAUUCUUCUUCUACUUCCUGCCGAAUCUCUUCACAGAUCAAGUUUUGUGUGCAAGGCGUGGUUCAAUUUGGUUAACAGCUCGAAUUUCACGGAUGCUUAUAUUUGUCAUUCUGAAACAGUUUUCAUCUUUCUGCAAUUAGUCUCCCAAAGAAGGCCCAAGACUUUCUCUAUUGAAGCCAAGCUCGGUCUAUCAGAAUAUCACUCAAUUUUUUUAACAAGGGAACCAUCCAGAUCUUACAUCAAUUUCUUAGAGGUGAAAGAUGGAAAGAGUAAGGUAAUCGAGUCACAAAUAAGUGGCUUAAAGGAUAUUCUAGCAACCUGUAAUGGUUUAAUUUUGGCCACAUGCGAGCAGAAUGGAGGCUUACUUGUGAUAAAUCCGGUGACUAGGAAGCUUGUUGCACUUCCUCUAGGUACUAUUAAUGCCCGUGAUGAGUCAUAUGGUUUUGUGUUCGGCCACUUGACUGGAGAAUAUAAAGUGGUACACUUGUUUCGGGAUGAAAGUGGGUAUAUUAGUUGUGAGAUACUGAGCCUUACUACUAGAUCGUGGUGGGCAGUGGAUGGGCCGUCUUUUGGACUAUUUACGAAGUUAAUACGCAAACCUGUUGCAGCCAUUGGAGCCUUGCAUUGGCUCCCCGCAAAACAUGGUUGCAGUUACAUUGUAUCUUUGAGCGUUGAUGAUGAGAAAUUUCACACUAGAGCUCUUCCUAUUAGCAGCAGCGUAAAUGACAGACUACUUGAGAUUGGGGGAUUUUUGAGCUUUGUGACUCACGUGACACUAAAUCGAAUAGAGGUAUGGAUCUUGAAGGUAUUGCAAGGGGGAUCAUGGGUAAAGCGACAUAUUAUCACAAGCAAUAAGAUAACGGAUUUGAUUCCCAUUUCUACAUUGAGGCAUGGUAGAGAAAUGGUCUUCAAGGGAUGCAGAGAUGGCUCUUUUUAUGCUUAUGAUAUCGAAAUUCAAGUGAUGAGAAAGGUUGAGAUGGAAGGAGAACCUCACAGGCACCGCAGCUCUUACCUCCCUCAUGUGAAUACCCUUGCUUCAUGGGAAAGUAACGCAGCCUUGUGGUAGAAGCCAACUGUUUCUUUGCUUAUUUAUCAUUUUCAUAGUAAAUCAAAUGAAGUGUUUCUGGAAGUAUGAACUUUAUAAAUCAAGCUCAAGGGCUUGUUUGGGAACGAUGUCUUGGAUGUGGUUCUUCAAUUUUUUUUUUUUUUUUUUUUUGGGGGGGGG